AUGCUGGAGGAGGAAUGCAAGAGCUGUUCCAAAGGUUGUAAGGAUUGUUCAUCAAACAAAACGUGUAAAACAUGUGACAUUGGAUUUUAUGCUCGACAUGAUAUUACAAAUAACAUUGUUUGUCAGCCAUGCACGAAAGGUUGUAAAAAGUGUUCAUCGGCUGCCGAAUGUUUAGAAUGUGACACUGGUUAUUUUAAAAACGGCAAGGUUUGUUCAGAAUGUUUGAAUAGCUGUAAAACUUGCAAAUGGCCAUUGGUUUGCGAUUUGUGUCUCCAAGACUUUCGAUUAAAUGAUACUAAUUGCCAGUCAUGUCCAACAGGUUAUUUCCUGUCAAAUUCUGCAUGCUUACCUUGUCAGGACAAAUGCGCAGCUUGUUCUUCACCAAAUGAAUGCACCGAAUGUAAAAGUGGUCUUUACGGUAAUUUAUGCCAUCAAAAAUGCUCCUCAGGAUGCAAGGACGAUAUUUGUGAUAUGAACAUUGGUAACUGCUCAUGCAAGGAAACACAUGUUGGACAUUAUUGCAAUAAAUGUGUUCCAGGAAAGUUUGGACAUAAUUGCGAAUUUGACUGUCCUGAAGGAUGCUUGACAUGUGAUUUAAAUGGAAGUUGCAUUAUCUGCAAUACUGGAUAUUUUGGAUUGAAUUGUCAUUGUGAACAAUGUGCAGAUGGAAUGUAUGGAAGCAAAUGCGAGUUUCAUGAAUGCCCUUCGAAUUGUUUUAAUGCGUCUUGUAAUGCAGAGAGCGGCCUUUGUGACAACGGCUGCAAUAAAGGUUACUGGGGAAAGUAUUGUGAGAAGCUGUGUGCACAUAAUUGCCUCAAUAACACGUGUUUUAAAGAGAAUGGAACAUGCAGUCAUGGCUGUGUUGGUGGAUAUCAUGGAUACAUGUGUGAUUGUCCAAAUAAUUGCAUUUGUAGCGGGUCAGUAAGCCCAGACGGAUUUUCAAGCAGCUUAUUACAACCUAUUCAUAUUGGUUUGCUGAUUGUUUCUCUUGUCAUUUUGAUCCUUGUUGCGGUCAUUAUGGGAAUAUUUCUAAUAACGAGUUAUAUUACAAAACAGAAAAAUCUGGUGACGGGGAGUUUAGGCGAUUCUAUAACUUAUAGACAAGUUAGAAGAUCACAAGAUAUACUACCUUCUGAACAUAAUAACGAGAAUAACCGACGGCAACAAGACGCACAACGAAUAGUUUACCAAAAUUUAGCUGAUAUAGGCAAUGCAGCAAUAAAUGUUUGUGAACCCAUACAGGAAAGUGUUUAUGUUAACGUUGCCGAAUACGCAAGUAUUCAGAGAAAACAAGUUCCUGAUAUUGUUGAAGAAACUGAGGACAAUACAAAUGAAGUUGUUGAAGUCAAGGAAUCGAAUUUACCAGACGGGCUCAUUAAACCAUUCCACGAAUCACAGAAGGCAGAAAACGUGAUGAAAAAUCGUUAUAAAGAUGUUUGUCCAUAUGACAACAGAAGGGUUAUUCUUAAAAACAGAGAAUCAGACUACAUCAAUGCCAGUUAUAUAGACGGUUAUAAAAGACAAAAGGUUUAUAUAGCAUCUUUAGGACCAACAGUUAAGCAAAUGGGAGCUGAUUUUGGAGUAUUCUGGAACAUGGUUUGGCAAGAAAGAGUUUGUAAAAUAGUCAUGCUGACAAAUCUUAUAGAACAAGGGGUUCAGAAAUGUGACAAAUACUGGCCGGAUAAAGAUGUAUGCAUCAUGUAUGAAGACGUGAAAGUAACAUGUCAGUCUGAGGAAAUAUAUCCUUGUUUCGCAGUCAGGAUUUUCUCCGUCGAGAAAACUGAAAAGAGAAUACUUUAUCAGAUGCAUUUCACAGCCUGGCCAGACAAGAGUACACCGCGGGAUGUCCAUGGCAUGAUCGAGUUUUGGGAGAAAUUGACAAGAAUACCUAGAUUUGAGCUGGGGCCUAUACUUGUCCACUGCAGUGCCGGUGUAGGACGAACAGGAACAUUUCUUGCAUUAGAUAUAUUAGCCAAUGAGGGAGUUGCUGAGGGUACUGUGGACAUAUUUGCAUGUGUCAGAAACUUAAGAGAAGAUCGAGUUAAUUUAGUACAAACAGUGGAGCAAUACAAAUUCCUUCACGAGGCUUUGUUACAUCUUCUAUCUUCUGACACAUCAGUAAAGGCGCUUCUUACAAGCGAUGGGGCAGUUCAGCACAAUUUUCAAGAGCGUAAAUUGGAUGUUGACGAUAUACAUGAAAUGGUCUAG